AACGGCGUCGGCGGUGCCAGCGCGCACUCUCCGCCGCCGCUGCCAUGUCAUCGCUCUUCCGCUCCCUGCUCGCGCUCGCCGCACUACUCGCGCUAGUCGCGCUCAUGGCGCUGCUUGCCAACGCUUCCCAUGAAGAAAUAUGCACUACUGAGCUAUUUGGCAGAAAAACUAUAGUCGACGUAUACGGGAGGCCAAUUAGAUUUUGGACCGGAGGGGGCCGAAUCGACAUCCCAGAUGGUUGUCAAAAACAAGGUAAAAGGUUAGCGGGCGUGCUCGUCAAGGUCUGCAAUUAUAACCAGAACGGCCAGAAUGGUGUGCCCAACGUUGUUGAAUUGGACGACUUCUCGCCGCUAAACGUGACGUGCACCGACGGAUGUCCUGGAGGCGGUUCUUUAACCUAUACCCAGUACUGCCACUAUACCUAGACUUGUCUGUAACUCGAUUCUAGAAAGGAUUUUGUUUUAUUUAAUUUCCUACUUUUUUAUAGCACGUUUUUACUUAUCCAAAGGGUAGCUUAUGUUUCAGACUUUGUAAUGCCUCUGUAUGACAGAUUAUACUUAGUUCCUAAUUAUUCCAUUGAAUGAUUGUUCGAACUUGUAAUUAAAUGUAUAAUAUUUCA